AUGAAUGGCGCGCGACCUGUCAAGGUUACGGUACAACCACUCGUACUCGCGAAGGUGAUGAGCAUUUCGUCCUUGGUCGCACGAGGUGACAAGAACAUGCGCCAUCUGGCACCGAGCGCUCAUGGAUCAGAAACCGGCAGCGGCGGUGGCGGCGACGACGACGACUAUGACGACGAAUUCUUCAGGGAAAACGCUGACGAGAAAAAGCCGGACAUGGAACCAAAAUCAGGAUCUUGUUCUUGCUAG